AUGAAACGGCCGCGCGUAAUCUUUGGAUACCUAAGCGAGAAGGAUUGGGCAUUCACGGAAUUUCUGUGUUUCAUGCACGCAUCAUGGCGCUACGUGGCUUCUUUGGCGGAGCCCACCGGCUACGUCUUGGACCUGAUGGUGCUCUCCGACCAGCGCUGGCUGCCGCAGGGCUACCCAUUCGUAGCCAGCUACCACUUCCUGGCGGACCCACGGGUCACUCAGAUGCUCGUGUCCAACUACGGAUACCCUAUGAAGACCGACUUUGACUGCUUCAUCACCCAGGCGUUGAUCCAGCACUUCCCACAACAAUUUGAGGUGGGCUACAUGUACUACACGCCGCUUCCGGAGACUAGGCAACGGCUGAAGCAAGUAGCAGCAAGGCUGGGCCUCCGCCACCGCGGCCUGUACGACAUAGGGCCCACGUGGUACGGCGACGUCGCCACUCUAAUCGCCGUGGCCAACGCCUCGCUGCCGCUCGUGUACUAUCUUCUUGAUCGGGAGUACGACAAGAACCCUGACGGAAGCUGGCGGCGGAACUGGGCGGCGGGGGAGGGUUGGCCUCUGUGGAGCAAGGACCUGGCGGUCAUGUACGCCCCUGACCUCGUGAUCAAUCACAUGCUGGAACACGUGACCAUCUCGCGAAAGUACGACGUCCACGGCGACAGCCGGCGGUAUACCUUCACGUUGUAUCACAUCCACUGCCAGCACGGCGACGGCGACUUCAGCAAGUUUGAGUUUUUCAGGCACCGGUACAACGACAGGGACAUCUACCGCCCUGGUGCGUUGGACUUCAAUGUGGUUAGGGACUACUCGCUGUUCCUUGCGGCGUCCACUUGGAGGCAGCUGAUGCAGCUGCAGAAGACGCUCAAGCAGAUGCAGGAGAUGGCGGAGGAGAACCGCAAGCUGUCGGUCUUCCUCGCUGAAUACAAGGCCGAUGCGGAGAAGCUUUCUCGUCUGGAGGAGGAGAACCGAGCCCUCCGCGGUGUAACCCGGCAACUGGAGGUGGAGCUACAGGACCUCAAGACCAACACCAUGCCGCGCACCGGUGCAGAGCUGGAGAUGUUCAAGAACUCUGUACGCGUGCCGGCCGUAGCCCGCAGCGUGUGCAGCAACGAUGAGACGAUAGCUCUGGGGGUCAGCACGGCGUCCGUCGACGGCAUCAACCCAGAUGCUCGCGUGCGUCGCAGCAACGUCUUCAGGCAGCUUUUGUCGGCCCUGCAAGGCAACUCCAGCAGCACCCACACGUCGCAGCCCACAUCACCCCGAGGGGGCACCUCUGCGAACGUGAUUUCCCGAGGCGUUGGUGCCAGCGGUGCCGGCGGUGGCACCAGCUCGCGGCAACGCCGGCAGCCGGGCCCCGAGGAAGCUGCCGUGAUCGGCCAUGCGGUGUACCAGCUGCUGGACCAGUUUGGUGGCCGCAUGAUGUGA